AUGGAAGAGAAACUGUACCGCGAGGCCUACGAGGAGAUCACCUGGUUUCUGCACAGCUCUCCGAGAGUGAAGUCUAUUGCGAUAGACCGCUACGUUGACCUGCACAAAUUGUACCAAAGACAGCCCGAUAAACACCAGGAAGCAGCUAAAUAUGCUCUCAUCGUCUACCGGCUUAGUGACUUCUCCGAUGACAUAACGUCUAAGAUCACUUUCAGCACACUCGAAGAGCAGCAUAUGUUCCUCCGGCUUCUGCACCUUGAUGAUACAAACGAAGAGUACAAACAGCUUGCGUCGGAGAAAGAUAAGAUCAAGAACGAAGGGUCCUUGUCGCGAUCAGGAACGACACCUCUUUCGGAGAAGAAUACCACACCGGUCGAAUCUUGGAGAGAAGUUGAUGCAGUACUUCGGAGAGAAUUUGCUAAGAUUGCAGGCCAUCUCGACUUAUGGUCCCGAAACUGA